AUGGGAGCUGGAAAUUCCACAAGAGAAAUACCAUACUCAGUGCAGGUAUAUAUUUUAAUUUCUAUACACUUCUAUGCUUUAUGGAUUUCUGUUUCUUUAUUUACCAGUGUCUGGAGCCAGAGUAUGAGGGGUUUUAUGGCACGGUACUAACAAUAAGAGGUCUGACUUGCGAUAAAAACGUAAGGUAGUUUCUGCUUCCCAUACUUGUCGGCCAUGUUCUCAGCAAGUGCCCUGGGGAGAGGCAUGCACAUCCCCCCCCCCCCGGUACAUUAAAUUCUCAAUAUAUUUUCAUUGGGUGAUGGCCUCUCUUUAGGGCACUCGCUAAGAAAAUGACAGACUGAAAAAACCCUUGAGCUGAAGUGAUGGGGAAUAAUUUCAAAUUUAUAGCCUUGAUUUUACUACAGACAGGAUCAUCAAGUCGCAUCUGUCCGACAGGUCAUGUUUGUGAGAGGGGCUUUAUAGGGAAGAGGGCUAACUCUGGGACCAGAUACCCAAGCUAGCUUGGUUUACAGACAGAAAUUUUGCCCAUGCGUAAUUAGUACACAAUCGUGAAACUCCAGGCUGGCCGGCUCACACAACAAUAGGGGUGCACCGGAUUUGGAAUUUUCAAAUCCGGCCGGAACCGGAUUUACCGGAUUUGGACAAAAAUUCUGGCCGGAAUUCCAGCCGGAUUUGCCAGAUUUAAAAUAAACCGGUAAUGGGGACAAUUGUGGAUAAAUCAGUAUUCAAAAUGGCGAUUUAUGUUUUUUACUAUUUUUAGUUAGUGUCAGUUUAGAUUUUUGAUUGUGUUUAAACCUUUUUUAAAUAUUUUUUUGUUAAUAACUUAAUAUUUUAUAAUAAUAUAAGUGUUUUUUAAACUCUAAAGCUGCCAAAUUGAUGGUUUAUCCCAUUCUUGGUGAAUUUUUUUAAGGUGAAAACAAAAAUUUUAAUCCGGCCGGAUUUUCUCCAAAUCCGGCCGGAUGCCGGAAAAUUUGUUAAAUCCGGCCGGAAUUCCGGCCGGAUUUGAAAUCCGGUGCACCCCUACACAACAAGCCCACCUGAGCAAACCUUCCUGGUAACUAGGUUUAUCUAAUGAAAAUACCUAGCCUGGUUUAGCUGAGAUCCACCUGGGGUUAUCAAUUCGAGGUAAGACCAACUUCACUGUGUAACUCAGGUGGUUAACAAAUUUAUAUAAAAAUAAUAAUAAUGGGUCAUUACAGAAAACAUCCAGAAUUCCCAAUUGGAGGAAUUUAGAAGUUAAACCUUUUACCAGCCCCUUUGGAUGUCCAAGUACAUUUUGCCAUUAUCGGCAGUACAUCCCCCCUCUGAAUGACAGAAAGUACCUAGGGGGGGGGGGGGGUUUCAUUGCUUCAUCAAAAUAAUACCAAUAAUAAAUGAAUUUAUUCAAGGAAACAGUUCCUGCCAUAACCAAACGUACCAUUGGUAAACUGAUUGUGAAAUAUUGUGGCAACGAAGGACGGGUGGAUGACCCAGACUUGUAUGUAACACUGAGACAAAUGCUACAAGCGACCAUCACAAAACUUGACGCAGAGUCACCAGAAACAUGGAAAAAUGCAGAGAUAGUUAUUUACGAUCAGCGUGGUAAUGACUUUUGUAUCCGAUCUGGCGACGCUGAAAAUAAAUUUGUGGUUCAAUUGGACGAAAAGGAUGAGAUUAAUAUAAUGUGUACAGAUAGGAAGAAACAGAGUAUUUAUCGUUGGGUGAUGUCAUUCAAGAUUGGUAUGCCUAGUUUUCUUACCAACCCAGCUGCGAUUGAAAACAGCAAUGCUUCGACCAGUCCAACUUUGAACGAAGAUGCUGAGAAUAGUUCUCAACAAACUGAAGAUUUGCUCAAUAUAGAUUAG